UUUCCCCCCUCACUCCGUUGCAAAAAAAAAUUAAAAAAAAUAAGAAAACCCGAAAAAAAAACCCAAUAUUAUACAAACAAAAUGAAGUUUGCACAUUCCUUCUCCCGGGUCCUCGGGGAGGAGGAUUUCCCCGCUGAUUGGCAGGCGGCUGCAAUAAGGUAUCGUGAGCUGAAAAGGUGUAUCAAGAAAGUACAAUCCGAGUUAGUGGAUUUGGGGCUCACGGUGGAGGUGUUAAAGGGGUUGGUAGAGGAAGCCGGGAGUCCGAUUUUUAAAUAUAUGUUUGAUGGUUUGUCUUCUCUUCGCUCUUGCAGUUUUUGGGGAAAGUGGGCUGAUUAAGGGUUGGAUAGGCACGCUGAAUAGUUUUCAACCAAAGUUGGUGUUGACGAUUGAUACCGUCGACUGGGUUCCCCUCGAUUUGGACCUUUCAGAGAACACCCGGCGCUCACUGGAGGGCCUGGUUAAGGAAAAGCUGGGGAAGGGAGGAUUGGGGACUGGGGACGCUGCUGUAGAGGGCGGUACGGAGUUCCGCAAAAGGUGCGUUGGUCUAGUCUUUCGGGUAAAGCAAAAUCUGACGUUGAGAUGCAAAGCAUUCGGACGAUUGAGAUAACCCUCCACUCGGAUUCCGAGUUCUUCCAUCUCCUAACUUCUGGAAUCGCUUCUCUGGAGGCUCUUCAGUCUCGAUCCCAAUCCGAGAUUCGCUCCCAUGUCCUCCAACUCGGGCAGUCCGUCGCCGCUGUUGCUGCACCAAAAUCUCGAAACAAUAAAUCAGACCUCUACCAUUGGCGCGAGAUAUUUAGGAUAUACCUCGAGUCCGGGAUAUUCUUUUCGAAUCUCGAGAGUGAAUCGCACCAGGAGAGGGCGGUGGAAGAGGCAACUGAACGGUUGACCCUCUUUGCGGACGAGAUCCGGCGGCUGGGUAUCCAGGCCAGGUUUAAAAAUCCUUAUAGCCCUUCUUUAUUUAAAAUGUUCUUGAGCGUGAACAUGGACCUUCUUCGCGUUAUGCGGUUUCAUGACAUCAACAAGACUGCCUUGGCCAAGAUUUUGAAAAGUAUUGUCUUCCAGCCGCCCACAGGUUGCUCGUGGCUAAUGGUCCGUGGAUAGAAUUCGAUAAACGCACAGCUCUUGGUGUCCGCCAAACAUUCCCAACAUUUGUAGCACCAGCUGGCCCGUUAGCCUCACACCUCUCUAGGGCCAUCUUCCAUACGCUGUGCACGUCUCUCCUAAAUGUGAUCCCACAACUAGACGACUAUCUUUGCCCUAUAUGCUCCAGCAUAUCAAUCAAACCUGUCCGUCUCUCUUGCAACCAUAUAUUUUGUGUGCGUUGUCUUGUUAAGCUUCAGAGGGCUGAAAAGGAUGCCUGUCCAAUGUGCAGAAGGCAAUGUGUGCUUAGGGCCGAUUCUAGGAACCUGGACAUUGGGUUGUAUAAUUUCCUGAAGCAGUAUUUCCCCAAGGAGGUCAAGAUCAAGCAAGCCGAGAAUGAGCGCGAAGUUGCGAUUGAGCAUUGGAGGAAUGUUCAUGGCGAAUCCUGUGUUAUUUCGUGAAUGGUGUUUUUUCUCUCUUCUCUUCUUUGGCGUUUUGGCCGGGGCUUCGGUUCUGGUUUCCCCCUCCAUUUCUUCUGUUGGAUGCGUAAAUGCAUUUUUUGGGAAUGGGGAGACCGGGUUGGUCUCAUGGGUGGCGAUUUUCUUGGGUUGGAGUCGGGUUUUCUCCUGUUAAUGGCUAGCGUUUGUGUAGUACACUUUUAGAUGGCGGGGCGAGAUGGGGAAGAGAUCUCGGCUUGGAAGAAAGGAAUGUGAUAUCAGAGAGGUCUUAAGUAUUUUUUAAUGCAUUUAUUAGUUUUUG